CAGGUGCUCGUGGGACAUAUGGAUGAAUAACAGCAACUCACUGAUGGAGGUGCUAGAGCUCCUCUACCGAGGGGAACAGAACCGAGUAAUUAUCGGUCCUGAAGAACAACACCGUCAAAUCACGCUCGCCCAUGUCAAAUGCCUUCAACAGACGCUGUACGAGAAGUCCACGCUCACAGGUCCUCAUUGCAACCGGACCUGGGAUGACCUGAUGUGUUGGCCUCCUACCAGAGCAGGGGAAGUCGUAGAACAGCCAUGUGCAAAAUAUGUACACGGAUUUAACUUACAAGGACGUGCCACCCGGACGUGUACAGACAACGGGGAGUGGUUCGUUAACCCCAUCUACAAUGAGACGUGGACAAAUUACACGGAUUGCUAUGCCGACAAGUCUGUCAAAGCAGACCCGACGUUUGCGGAACACUUGGCACGGAUCCGCAUAAUGUUCAAUAUUGGAUACGGUCUGUCACUGGCAUCACUCACCUUCGCGGUCUUUGUCGUGGUAUAUUUCAGACGUCUACAUUGUCCCAGAAACAUCGUCCACCUGAACCUGUUCCUGUCAUUCAUGUUUCGAGCGACGCUCUCCAUCCUGAGGGACAACUUAUUUCUCAGAGGGUUGGGUCUUCCCAGCGACGUCAUCGCCAACAACCACGGCGUCCUUGAGUUCAUCCCGGAGGGAACGCACUGGCAGUGCAAGCUGCUGUUGACCUGUUUCCACUACAUGUUGGCUGCCAACUAUAUGUGGAUAUUUGUGGAGGGGCUGUACCUCCACACACUCAUCAUCGUCGCCGUCUUCUCCGAGCGGAACACCGUGCGCUGGUAUAUACUCCUGGGAUGGGGAGGGCCGUUGGUUUUCGUCAUUCCGUGGGUUGCCGUCCGGGCCAGUCUUGAAAAUAAGUUUUGUUGGAACACUAACCCCACCCCUGGAUACUUCUGGAUCAUGAAGGGUCCCAUAGUCGCUAUACUAGUGGGCUGCUUUGUUUUUUUCGUGAACGUGGUGCGGGUUUUGUUUACCAAGCUACAAGUAACAAGGAACAGUACACCCCGGGCGAGAAAAUAUCGAUAUAGGAGGUUGGCCAAAUCCACCCUGGUGCUGAUACCACUCUUCGGCGUCCAUUACAUCAUAUUCGUAUUCGUUCCCGACGGAGCGUACAUCAACCCCACGACGGAGUUAGUAAGACUAUACUACGAGCUUUUCUUCAAUUCAUUCCAGGGUUUUUUCGUUGCCUGCCUCUUCUGUUUCUGCAACGGCGAGGUACAAUCUGAACUUAGAAAGAUGUGGAUAAGGCACAAAUUAAGAACCAACUCCAGGAAAUUUCAAAGGAUAUACUGGCACGCAUCUUCAUCCAGUGCGCGACAUAAAAACAACGGUAACUGUGACCCGAAAAACAAAAACAAAAGCAAAAACAAACCGAAACACAAAGACAAGGAAGUGUUAAGUAAACACGACUCUGAGCCGAGUUCCUGUGAGAGAAAACGAUUCCAUUGUUUCUAUGAGAACGGCAAGUGUUAUCGAGCAGCAACGCUGCACAGUAUUCCUAGAGACGUUGGUCCCGUCGCCGUCGUUACAAAAACUAACAGUUUCGUUUGACAAAGAAGAAUUGGUUCAUAUACGAAUCAAGAUGGAUGGUUAGAGAUGUGUGAUCUGACAUGUCCACGUUGGAGAAGAAGCACAGUGUGAUAAGUUUGCCUUGACGCAUCCCAAUUUACAAGGAACACCUGUUACAGAACACAAUAUUCUGACAAGAACUCUUGCAGAUGAAUUCUACCAUUCGAUUCUUAUUCAUCAAAUGUUCCCGUGUGUUCUUCGCUGCUGAUAUAUAGUUAGUUCCUUUAUCACUUAAUGCUAAAUUAUAUUUAAAUAUAAACAAUUAAUUUAAUGUUUUCAUUUUCAUGUUUUACUAUAUGUUUCAUUUUCAAAUUUGUUUUCUACAUUUUUAGUAAUUCUCUUCCCCCUAUUAAUUGUAUUGUUUCAUUCCUUGUACGAUUUUGUUUGGGGGGAAGACUGUCCUUGUUUUCAGAUUUGAAAAGGACUCUGGUGUUGCAACGUGUAUCAAACAAAGAUGAUUUAAUGUAUGGAUGUUCAAUUGGUACCUUGUUGAUCUUGAAUAGUUCACGGUCGUGAUCGUUCAGACACAAUCUAUGAAUCCAUCUGGUGGAUAGAUGAUGUAGGUGUCACGUAUGUUGUACAUGAUCCUGUUUGUAGUAUACAAGACAACCCCUUUCUGCAUCCUGAUCAAAGCUGAGCCGACAGUACGAUUAUAUCAUGAGCAUGUGUUCAGGAAUCAUUAUAAAAUAGUGUUCGUGAGGACGUUGAUCGCAUACUGUCCUAUCGAUGUCAUCUAUCACAAAAACACAUGCAAAGGGAAGACAAUUGUUCAACUGAAACACGGAGUCAUAUAUAUGGGGCAAUUAAAAAAGGUAAUGCCAUCGGACAUCAGUUUUAUCACGGAUGGGGCACAUUUUGAAAGUCCUUCACACUUGUUUCCAUAAAAUAUUGUGAAUGCUUUAAAGAAGACAGCAAUGGUGUAACCUUGAUUACACAAUUUUAUAAGAAAAGCUCUACAACGCUCUGUCAAAUAUGUGAACACAGAUCACCCUCAAUCGUACCUCAAAGCUCUGCAAUGUCACCUCUAAAGCCUGGAGCGGCUGGGAUAUUUAUAUAAAGAGAAAAGGUUGUAUUUCUUGGAUUCCUAAUGAGACGUCACCUGGUUUAACAUUGUGUUAAAUCCACUAGGUCGAGACGUCGAGGAUGACGGCGGCAAACUGAAUACGUUAUCAAGAAACAAACCUUCACGUCUGUGGGAUACAAUUCUCAUUGGUCGUUGAACGUCAGCGGAUACACGCCUGUCGGUGCGAAAACGUCGUGUAUACAAAAGUGUGAAUUAUUGAAGUUGACUAUAGUGAAGCUGUUUAGUUAAGGUUACGAAUACUACGACAACUAUAGAAUAAGUCACUUUCAUCUGGGCACUAGUUGUAGCCAUUUAAAAUUGCACACGUAUAAUCCCGUAGGUGUAUGUGAAUUGUUGAGCGAGUGUGGUGUUGCCGAAUUCUGGGUACUUGUUUGUUAGGUGGUCUUGUGAAAAGGGCGAAUCUUUGUUGUAAUUCACCACAAUGCUGCUUGAAUGUAGAAAACAAAAUACUGAUUCAAAUAUACAAAAACUAUAUUUCAUGUGGCCUUAUGAAAAUUCCCUGGCAUAUCUUAGCGAAAACGAGUGAAAGGUCAAAUGCUUUGUUUCAUAGGCAAAUGUGAUUCACGGGUUAGGCUGCCUUAGCUUCUACCAAAGGUUGUCUAAUCUACUGCGUUCAAAUGAAUCGGAAUAUAAUCGAAGAAUAUUUGACCAAUUCGUUCGUUUCAAGUAAGAGUGAUGGGCUUUCAAGAGAAAUACAGCUGUGUUAAUAAUUAAUAAAACAAUCGUUAGUAUUAAAGAGCAAAUUAUUACAAACCUCAAUUAUGGAAAGAUGUUGGCUUCUUAUCCGGGGCAGCACAAUUUGGAGUUGCGUCCCUUGUGGAAGCCAGGAACCAAUGAUUAUGUGUACGAAUGCCAGUUGAACGCGAUCAUGUUUAUACGAUUGUCAGCAGCACGCCCCUGCUUCUCGGUUUCACCUCGGACUUUCCUGAAACGUUCAGCUGACACGCUGUGAUCUAACUGGAAUACUGUUGAAAGUAAAUUCGACGCCUGAAAACUAGAGUGUUCUUGGUCCUGAAACCUGUUUUCGGGAACAUCGAGCUUGAAGUUUAGAACAAAAAUAUUUUCAAAACUAUUCGAUGAAAUUCUGAGGAAUUGUGCACAUACAUGUGCUAUAUCAAAAAGACAUGGAAAAUAACCCAAAGUAUGUUAAAGCUCUUGAUAGAAAACACCUGGAUAUAGAACAGUCGGCCAAAUAGAGUUGUGAUUUUGGUCGGCACCAGAGUGUUCUAUGUAUCAACAAUGCAGCUGAAACAUUAUUGUACGAUUAUUGUAUUAUUAUUUAUCGCGUACCAGGUUGUACUUUUGUUGUUCUAACUGGUUUUAAUUUCAUAACUUACAAAUCACAUGAAAUAAAUCAUAGAUAAGGGCAAUGUUCCAAUGUUCCAUUUGUAUCUCUAUAAUGAUGAUAAUAAUCUCCAGAUUGUUCCAUCUCUAUGUUCAGUGAUCAAACUGAAUUUGCUGAUUGGUCCAAUAACCACUUAUAAUACUUUGAAACGAUUUGUGUUAUUUUAUGGAGAUAAAACAAUGUAAAACCCCUUUCUAGGCUAUACAUCACGAUGAAAUUUUGCAUGGAGAUAGAAUAUGCAGUAAAACAUACCCUGAGCUUCUAAAGUCAGUUUUCACCAAAAGUGGGCAUAGAACAAUCUGGUUUCCAGGCGACGAACUGUUUCCGUCUCACACACGUCUGUGUAUAUGUAUGACCAGCCUUAACCAUCCACGAGGACGUUGCUCCAGAAUGCAUUAUGCUUCUCACGAAUGCUAUCAAAUGGGCAAGGCUGUAAAAUUAGUUUCAAACUUCACGUACAAGAAAUGACUGUUGUGUAUGAAUAGUUCUUGGAUUCUCUGAAACUGGCGUAUAGUCCCACACGCCAGAUAUUAAGCUACACUUACAGAGAUCCAUCAAUGUUUUAUGUGAAGCGACAUCCAGAGGAACGACAAUAUUUCCGUGAUAUUUUACGAGGGCAUGUCGGUAUUCUGUGCUGUCUUUUGUCAAUUCAAUGUAUGAAAUGAAUAAAUCUAUUCUCUUAACAUU